CGCGAGGCAGCGGACGUGUCAGGGCUGCGGCGAUGGCGGCCACGGGCGAGGCCGACGAGCUCUUCGACGUGCGGAACAGCUUCUACAUCGGCGCCUCGCAGGCCGCCAUCAACGAGGCGCAGCGCGUGAAGCCGUCAACUUCUGCGAAAGAAGUAGAGAGGGACGUUUUCUUGUAUCGUGCCUACAUUGCCCAGCGAAAAUACGGUGUGGUGCUAGAUGAAAUCAAGCCCAGUGCUUGUCCAGAACUCCAGGCUGUGCGGAUGUUUGCCGAAUACCUUUCCAACGAGCGCCAAAGGGAUGCAAUUGUGGCUGAGUUGGACAAGAAAAUGGCCAAGAGCGUGGACGUCACCAACACGACAUUCCCGCUGAUGGCAGCUUCCGUCUACUUCCACGAUGGGAACCCGGAUGCAGCGCUGCGUGCCCUGCACCAGGGGGAGAGCUUGGAGUGCAUGGGGAUGACCAUCCAGAUCCUGCUGAAGCUGGACCGCCUGGAUCUGGCACGAAAGGAACUGAAAAAGAUGCAAGAGCAAGACGAAGAUGCCACCCUGACACAGUUGGCCACCGCCUGGGUGAACCUGGCCACGGGGGGCGAGAAACUGCAGGAUGCUUAUUACAUCUUCCAGGAGAUGGCCGAGAAGUGGUCCCCCACCCUCCUGCUGCUGAACGGCCAGGCUGCCUGCUACAUGGCCCAGGGCAAGUGGGAAGACGCGGAGGGUGUGCUUCACGAGGCCCUCGACAAGGACAGCAGCCACCCGGAGACCCUGGUCAACUUCGUGGUCCUCUCACAGCACCUGGGGAAGCCCCCUGAGGUUACCAACCGGUACCUGUCGCAACUGAAGGAUGCUCACCGCAACCACCCUUUCAUAAAGGAGUACCAGGCCAAGGAAAAUGAAUUUGACCGCCUGGCCAUCCAGUUCGCCCCCUGCGCGUGAGACCGGCUGCACAAGAGGACCUCCCAACAGGGGACAGGAUGCGGCCCUGGAGAAGUGCGGGAGUCGGCUCCUCCCUCGUAUGGCGAAAUGUGUGUCCAUCAGCCACAGGCACCACCGAGUUGUCCCUUUCCGCUGCGUUUUUGGCGCGCCUGUGAAAAGCGAGCACCGUGAGAAACCUACCAUUAAACAUUCCCAAUAAAAUUUCCAUUAGAUUUA